UAGACCUGUGUAUCCGGUGUAUUACAAGGAACUGGGGAUGAUGUAAAUACAUGGAUUGAAGGCGUCCUUUUGCACUGUAAGAGAAGGGAACUUGUUUUUCUUGUCUUCACAGUGCAGAAAGUUUAAUCAAACAAGGAUAUCUCAGAAAAUAGAAGGUGCUUCAGACGGUUUUCUGCAGCUUCACAUAUGACGAUGAAGCAGUGAACGGAACAGAGAAUUAAAUGGAAAGAAGAUACAUUACCAGGGUGAUAAGCGAGGAAUGGAGAUACUUCAAAUCUAAUCAAUCCUCGUAUUUCACAGUCCACAGUAAGAGGUUUGGUUUCUUUGACCCUGGUUUGCACUAAUCAAGGACUACCUCACCCAGUGUAACAGUUUGAGGAAAUACUUCAGUGAUUAUAACUAAGGGAUUAUGCCAGCACAGAGGGAAUAGCCAGAGAUUCCAGAAAGUUUUUGGCUUUGGUGAAAACUGGUCCUUAAUCUCUGCACUGCCCUGGGUGAAAGUAUCAUUGCAGUUAUAAAUUAAUGUCAAUAGUCAAUCAGCGCAUCAGCGCAUUCAGUGUUCAAUACAUUUGUAUGUCCUUUCAGAUGACAAUCAGGGAACGCCCUAAUUAUCCACUUAAUUAUACAAAUCUCUUCAUUUUCUUUUUUUUUAAAAAAGAGAUUUUUUUGUCACAAAUUUGUUCAUUAUUUUUCAUUAGAUGAACCAAAUGCAUAACAAAAUGUUAUCUUAUAAUAAAAGAUCAUAUGCAAAUAAGGUAUUUCAAUUAAGAUACCACACACUCAAUUAUCACAAACCUCAGCAGCUAAAUCAUAUCAAUCAAGAUAGUAAUUACCUCUAAGUAAUCAUAAUGAAUUUGGAGGACAAUUCAUUCAAUUUGAACUGAGAAUGUAGUAUCAGAUAUGGAUCCAGUGCAUAUUGUUGUUUCUUUUUCAAGUGUUAUUAAACUUGUGUGUUCCUUUCUCAGCUUUUUAUUUUGAACAGGGAUAUGAGCUCACCCGGUUCCUUCCGACUUUCCUUCGCAAGUCUACGAAUGCCUUUCUCAGAUGGCGUCAAAUACACUCUAUUGGGCAUCUCAGUCUCUCUGUUUGCAAUUGCAGCACUCAUACUAACAUGGCAGUUGUAUCAAUACUGCAAGCGCAAACCAAAACCCAAUGGAAAAGUAAAGAGCUAUCAAAGUGUGGAUGACAAACAGGCAGGGAAAACUAUUUUUGAAGCAGCUGAUAAAGAAUCAGAUAUUCAGAAGCAUGAUUACAAGGUUCAAAAACUCGAAGAUGAAAUAAAAAAACUGAGCAGGUGCCUUUCAGCAACUUCGUCGAUUAGUGAGCAAGACAGCGCUGACUUUCAGAGCAUCACAGAGGCGGACGCCCAGGUGAACAUCCACGGGAAGCUCAGAUUCUCUGUGUCCUACGAUAGAGAGCAGUCCCAGUUUGCCCUAACUGUCCUGGACGCUACAGGCCUCCCAGUCCAAGACUUCAGCCAAAGCGCCGACCCCUUCGUCAAGGUAAAGCUGCUGUCCGGAUCGCUAUCCGAGCAGCCUAAUCUCCAGUGUGUCCUUCAGGAGUGGGAAACCAAGACGGUGAAAAACAGCAGGAACCCUGUCUUUGGGAGCCAGUUCUCCUGCCCACUGACCGAGAAAGAACUGAAGACGAUUACUGUCAAAUUAGAGGUCAGGGACUUUGACAGAUUCUCAAGACACAGUGUUCUUGGAGAAGUGAGGACGCGCUUGAACAAUUUAAACCUGUUAUCACAUCCGGUUGAGAUCUCGGAAGAGCUACAGAAGUUAAACAAGGACUUGGUUGGAGAAAUACUUCUGUCUCUAAAAUAUCUUCCUACUGCCCAGAGAAUAGAAGUGGGGCUCUUAAAGAUUAAAACAGCUUCACUGACCAGCAAUCAAGAUAAAGCUUUAUAUGCAAGAGUCACCAUAGUCUGCAACCAGUGUAGGUUGAAGCAGCAGAAAACCUCUCUGAAGUCAAAGUGGGGAAUUACUGUAUUCAAUGAGGUCCUGACAUUUUCACUGCUAGACUCUAACAUAAGGGAGUGUGUGAUUGCUGUCUCUGUUUAUGAAACUAUCAUCAAUCAAAAAAAUAGCAAGCGCCUGAUUGGACAAGCUAUCCUGGGAAAAAGGAAGGCCGGUGAAGAUGAGCACUGGUGUCUGAUGAUGCAAUCCCUGCGCCAGCCAAUCGCAAAGUGGCAUUCCCUUUUAAUCUAAAAGUGUGAUUUCUUUGGUUACCAACUAUGGUUCAAAACUAUUUUUAAGAACCUCCCGCCACAACACUGUCAAUUGAGUUUUUGGCCAGCAUAAAUGGUUCCUAUUUCUGAUCAGAGGGGGUUGGGGCAAUUCGAGCAGAUGUAUGCACCUGCCAACCAAGCAUCUACCAUCAGCCCUCCUAUCAAGGUCUGUCAAAUCUGUUGUCUUGCCCAUCAUGACUGAAACUGACUUGAAACAGGGUCAUGCAGCUUUUGUAUAUUACAGAAUAAUUGUCCGGGACUACAGUCUGUUUUAAAAAGAAGAGGCCGAACAACUGGCUAACUAACGUUUCUAAAAACAUUCUGGUUUAUGUUUAUAAUACAGACUACCCCUUUGGUCAGUCUUGUUGGUUAGAUUUGGGAAAUACAAUAAGUAUCUUUUUCUUCAGUUCAUCCUUUAAUGUCUGGAUGUAUGUGGUAUUUGAAAGACUAGGGUUAGGGUUAAAAACACAUUGCGGAAUUGAAUGAAAUGGAGGAGCCCUGCAGUCAGUUCCUUCAUUAUAUAAAUGACCCAUGAUGAAGAUUAAAUAACAAAGGACCUGUUUUAUUAUUAUUAUUUGAUUAUUUAGCAGACACCUUUAUCCAAGGCGACUUACAGAGACUAGGGUGUGUGAACUAUGCAUCAGCUGCAGAGUCACUUACAAUUACGUCUCACCCGAAAGACGGAGCACAAGGAGGUUAAGUGACUUGCUCAGGGUCACACAAUGAGUCAGUGGCUGAGGUGGGAUUUGAACCAGGGACCUCCUGGUUACAAGCCGUUCUCUUUAACCACUGGACCACACAGCCUCCUGUUUUGUAUAACAUCCUAUAAAUUAAAGGUUGAUUACUGAUUUUGAAAACAACAGUAUUUAUUAGACCAGUAAUGGGGGUCAUUUGUGCACUCCUGUGCCGAGUCCACUGGAGAGAGUCAGAGUGACUCAUACUGCCCUGUAGUAUGAGGAGAGGAGAUACAUUUCACUUCAUUGUUAAAACAGACACUAAAAUGUUAAUUUGCCCCUCACGAGGCUUUCCAAGGGGCUAUUUAGAGCUCUUCCUUAGAGGAAUUUAUGUGGAAGAUAAAAACAAUUCAUUUUGAUUUGAUGUACUUUUUCCCUUUGUGGAAAGUUUAAAAAUUGCUGCAAAUGAGUAUUAAGGCUGUAUGCAUGAGACUUUUCCUCACAGGUUAUUUUAAAGCCUGCGUUGAUAAAUAAAAUUGGGAUUGGUAUUAAGAGUA